AUGGUUAAUGUUAAAGUGAUUUAUAAAAAUACCUUCCGCCGUUUCGCAAUUUCAGAAUGUUCAUCCUGGUCUGAGAUAGAAUCAAAAAUACGUGCACUCUUCUCUAUCAUCCCCAAAACUGAAAUUUCCCUUUCCUAUGUCGAUGAAGAUGAUGAUGUCAUCACACUUUCAACCGAUAUGGAAUUCAGAGAGAUUCUUUCCCGGAAAGCCGGAGGAACCAUCAAAUUCAACUUGACUAUCGUCGAAACAAAUGAUAUAUCGGCGGAUCAGCUUAUUACUAACUCGCAACAGGUUAUUAAUGAAAGUAGUGGUGGUGAAUCCGAUUGUACCAACGUUAGUUCAAAGUGGCUUAUGGAGAGAGCGGUGGGUGUGACACAAUUAGAAAACACUUCUAACUCAGAAGUCUCUGCCAUGCUUGAUUGCAGCGAGUAUACAAAUAAUAUUACCAUGAAGAUCUCAACGAUCUUGGAUUCCACAGAGAUGCAGAUUGAUGGACCCAGCGUCUCCGACACCUCGACAGAACAAUUUUCUACUUCAGCAAGUGGAAGAGAUAUUGUAAUUGAAUACGAUGAUUUAUAUGUUACCGAAAAGGAAGAUGAAAGUCAGACAUUAGAAAUUUCCACACAACAACAAAAUGAUAACGAUUCACUUUAUUAUGAUCAUUUGGAGAAAUUUCACAGCUUGGUUGAACAGUCUCGGGAUGUGCUGAUCAAGCAUCCUCAGAUUCUUGAAACUGUAAAUCAAAUCAUGGGGGAAAUUAUUCGUACAAUUCCAGCAAACGCGGAAAAUUUCAGUCAAUGGUUAAAUUCUUUCAAAAUCACGAACACCUAUAAUUCACGAGAUGACAAGCAAGACGCUGCUUCUGGUGAAUCCACAUUAUUCCUAAACUCCCCUCCAUCUCUUCCUCCAAUAAGUUCGUUUGUCGAUUUCACAACGUUUGGAACACCCGGAGGAUUCUCACCACAUAAUCCUCCGAGAUCUCUUUCUCCCAUUAACGACCCUAGAACGAAAGUUUCGUCUGACGGAUCACAUUCCAUUAUUAGCACAAGCGCAUCAACCUUCAACUCGCGAAAUUUAAUUAAUACUAAUGUCCAGAUCGGAUCAAAUGGUCGUGGUUAUAUUAACAUCACCACCACUAACCUUCUCCCUCAUAAUAACAAUCCGUUUGACUCCCCCUCGGCACUAAAUGACUCUUUUUUCGGUUUUAAUUUUAAUCCCAUAUUGCCUCAAAAUAAGACCGAAUCCAUUCCGGGCAUUCGAACUACCACGGAGAUUACCACCGAUGUCUCUUCGGCAAAUCCAUUUGAUAUUGUACAUUUUCAUGAGCACACUUCCGAUAAUACUGACGCACCAGAUUUUGCAGAAAGCAUGACAGUUACACCGGUAAGCGUCAACUCCGAGAUUACGCCCUGUGAAAUCGAUAAUGAUCAAUUAUUGAAUGAAAAGAAGGUCACGCUUGUCUCAAUGGGAUUUGUUGAUGAAAAAGAGAACGAGGAUUUGUUAAGGGAAUGUGAUGGUAAAUUGGAGGCGGUCAUUGACCGCUUGUUGUCCGUUGAUAGAGACGAAAUGCACCUAAUGUAG